AUGGCGACGACAGUGGUGUACAAUGGCACGAGUUACAAUGUUACCAACAUAACGCUGUCGGAGGUGCAGGCACGCGUGGCGGCGCUGAACUCGUCGGUGCAGAGCAUGCAGACGGAGGUGGAAAACGCCGUCAUGCUCACCGCCGAGAUCUGGCGCACCACGGCCGGCGUCUUCGUGUUCCUCAUGCAGGUGCGGUGCCGUACGCUGGGCUUCUCCCUGCUAGAAGCGGGCACGGUGCGGUUCAAGAACACGCGCAACAUCAUGAUCAAGAACGUGCUGGACACGUGUGUGAGCGCCAUCGCCUUCUGGCUGCUGGGCUACGGCAUCGGCUUCGGGGAGGGCUCCAAGGUGUUCGGCUGGAAGUACGACGACGGCUCGAGCAGGCAGCUGCUGCUGGCCCAAUCCCCGCACUUCCCCUCUCUCCUCCCAUCCAUCCCCGUUGCUCACCUCACCCCCUGCUUCGCCAGCUUCUUCCUGUCAGCGCUUAUCUACCCGGUGAUAGCACACAUGAUCUGGUUGCAGGGGGGGCUGCUGUGCGGACUACCCAACCCCCUCACUUCCCACGCCCCUUUCUCCUCCCAUCCGUCUCUAUUUCUGGUCUCUCCCCUCCCUUUCCAGCUUCUUCCUGUCUGCGCUCAUCUACCCGGUGAUAGCGCACAUGAUCUGGUCGCAGGGGGGCCUGCUGGCGGCCAGUCAGACCAACACGGUGCUCAAUACGAUUGGCGUGCUGGACAAUGCAGGCUUGAUGGUGGUGCAUGUCACUGGUGA